ACAAAAGAAAAAAAACAACUCUGACACCGCUGUCAAAAUUAUCAGUAUUUUCUACGUCGUUCGUGUUUCUCUGUCUGCCAAAAGAAUUGCAAAAAUUAAUUUUCGUUGAAAUGUAACAAAAAAAAUGUUUAAAUCGAUAUUUCGUUUUAGAAAGCAUAAUAAAGAUAUUCUAGAUAUCAAAAACGCAAAUUGAAAUAAAUUCGGUUAUAUUGAAUAAAUAAAGCAACAAAACAAUUAUUCCAAUUAGAAAGUGUCCAAACCCAAAAAAUAUAAAAUAAAAAGGUGUGUGUGUGUGUGUAAAGAGUGAAAAAGAGAGGGGCCCAGCAAGUGAUUUAAUGAUGAUGAAUGGUUAACACCAAAAACAAAAAAUAAGGAAAUUAAAAUUAUUCAAUAACAAAUUUGUAUUUUAUUUAGUAAAACGGGGCAGAAGAAUGUUAUUAAACUAUUAAUGGAUAUUACAAAAAAACCUGCAUUGCUGACAUCAAGUUGGAAGGCAAGAAGUAAUUAUUGAUCCAAACUUGCUUGAGUAUAUUUUUCGAAGUAUUUCUGGACGCACAAAAGAUUGCUAUGGCGACAUCACCCCGUUCGGCCGAUACGAUAUCUCUAUGUUCAACAGUCUCUAGUUGCCCCGAUCGCAAUGGAUUCUAUGGUGGAUUUCAACGCACAGACAAGCCAAAGGAACCCCUAUCAAAAGCACAAAUUAUCGCACGCGAAAAGAAAUGGUUGUAUAUGAUCGAUAACUGGUCGUUGUAUAUGUCGAAAAAUUACAAAAAGAUAAGAGAUCGCUGUCGAAAAGGUAUUCCUAAAUCCAUAAGACCUCGAGCAUGGUUCUUUCUAUCCGGUGCCUAUCUGCUAAAAAAGAAACACCCAAAUUUAUAUACAGAAUUACUGGAAAAACCAGGAAAUCCUCAUGUUAUUGAGGAAAUCAAAAAGGAUAAACAUCGACAAUUCCCCUUUCACGAAAUGUUUCUGGAUGAGGAUAAAGUUGGUCAAAUAGAAUUGUUUAAUGUCCUCAAGGCCUAUUCAAUAUAUAAUCCAAAAGUUGGCUUUUGUCAAGCCCAAGCACCAAUAGCAGCUUUCCUACUAAUGCAUUUGCCAGCUGAAGAUGCAUUUUGGGUUUUUGUCAGCGUAUGUGAUGUUUAUUUAGAAGAUUACUUUAUAACUGGUUUAGAAGUUCUACAAAAUGAUGCUGGCAUUUUGGAAGGCCUUUUAAAGAAAACAUGUCCGCCCGUCUAUCGCCAUUUGCAGAAACAUCGUGUCGAGCCAUUACUAUAUAUGACCGAUUGGUUUUUAUGUGCCAUGACCAGAACUUUACCCUGGGAAACCCUCUUAAGGGUUUGGGACUGUUUUCUGGCCGAAGGCAUACGUGUCAUCUUUAAGGUAGCUUUGGUGAUUUUAGGUGCUUCCCUCAAUAGCCAUAAAGUGCGCAAACAGUGUAAUGGCCUUUGCGAAACCCUCGAAGUAUUACGAAAUCCGCCCGACAAUGUAUUAGAUGAAGAUUUCAUUAUAAAUCAUAUGCAGCGAUUGAAUUUGCGCGUUGAGGACUUCCAAAUCGAACAUACGCGACAGAAGAAUCGACGGGCCAAACAAAAAGCUUUACAAGAAGCAGCAGCGGCUGCACCAUCAACAACGACGACGACUGCAAUCGCGACGAACGCAACUGCAACGGCAACAGCGACAAUAAAUCUAACCCCAUCAUCCUCAUCAGCAGCUACAAUGGCACAAAGUUCGAAUUCACAAAAUAAUACGUUUACUCGCAGCCGCACCACUAGUCCCACAAAUAUAACCAGUGGCAGUGUUACCGUGGUAAAUAUAGGCGGUGAUGAUAGUGCGAGUGCAUUAGGAGUGAGUAAUAUUAGUUCUAGCAAUGGCAGUGUUAGUGUCACCGCCAACAACUACCAUACAUAAUUUUAAGUUUUUUUUUCUUUUGUUUUCAAAACGCUGAGCGUUACAAAAAUGAGUGAACACAAAAAUGCGAAAGUGUUUUGAUAAAAUUAUUGAAUUUUUUUCUUGUUAUAUCUUUGCACCUCCUUUUUUAUUUUUCUUUGAUGUUUUGUUGUUUUUUGUGAAAUAACAAAAUCUGUUAUAUAUCUUUAUAGGAAAAUGAAUCGCUUAUAGUGCGCAAGAGUUUUCAAUAACAAAUGUCAGAGUUUGGAAGGUUAACUUCUAACGGCCUUAUCCACAAAACUUAAUAGGUUUAUUUGACAGAUUUCCUUUAUAGAAAACCCCGUUUACACUGCUCAUUAAAUCCAGAUUUAAGGUCUUCGUCAGCUGAUUUUAUAUAGGAAAAACAGAUGAUCGAGCCAUUAAAUCCGGAUUUUAAUAGCAGUGUAAACGGGGUUAAACUGUCAAAUAAACCAAUUUAAUUUCUUUGGCAAGUUUUGUCAAAAUAAUAUGUUUAUAGGAAAUUUUGUCAAAAGCCCAGUUAAUAGGAAAUUUAAUACAAAUUUCCUUUUUUUAUAGGAAAUUUUGUCAAAAGCUUGGUUUAUAAGAAAUUAAGUCGAAAUAUCCUUUUAUAUAGGAAAUUUUGUCAGUUUAGUCUACAUUUCAUUGUUAUCGGAAAUUUUUUUAACAUUUAAAUUAUAUGGAAAAUUUUGUCACAAUUUCAUUUUAUGGGGAAUUUUGUCAAAAUUUCAUUUCUUAGGAAAUUUUGUCAAAAUUUAUUUUAUAGGAAAUUUUAUCAAAAUUUCAUUUUUAUAGGAAAUUUUAUCAAAAUUUCACUUCAAUAAAGAAUUUUAUCAAAAUUUCACUUCUAUGGGAAAUUUUGCCAAAUUUUACCUUCUAUGGGAAAUUUGGUCAAAAUUUAUGGGAAAUUUUGUCAAAAUUUAUGGGAAAUUUUGUCAAAAUUUCAUUUCUAUAGGAAAUAUUGUCAAAAUUUCAUUUUUCUUUUCUAUAGGAAAUUUUGUCAAUAUUUCUCUUCUAUAGAAAAUUUUGUCAAAAUUUCAUUACUAUAGGAAAUUUUGUCAACAUUAAUUUCAAAGGAAAUUUUGUUAAAAAUUUAAUUUCUAAGGAAAUUUUGUCAAAAUUCAUUUAUUUAGGAAAUUUUGUCAAAAUUUCACUUAGAUAGGCAAUUUUGUCACAAUUUCAUUCCUAUAGACAAUUUUGUCACAAUUUCAUUCCUAUAGACAAUUUUGUCAAAAUUUUACUUUUAUAGGUAAUUUUUCCAAAAUUUCAUUUCUAUAGGAAAUUUGGUCAAAAUUUCAUUUCUAUAGGAAAUUUUUUCAAAAUUUCAUUUCUAUAUGAAAUGCCUCUAGGAUUUUUUUUUCAAAAUUUUUUUCUUUUUUCUAUAGAAAAUGUUAACCCAACAUAAUUUCUUGGACAAUUUUGACAAAAUUUUCAUUCAAUGGAAAUUUAGCUCCAAAUUUAAUAACUUGGCAACAUUUUGUAGGAAAUACCGUUUGGAUAUUAGAUGUAAACCUUAUGCUGUUAAAAGAUUUUCUUCGAAGACCUUUUAAACUCUUGUACGCUAUAGACGAUAACUCUACCUGUUUAUUUUUAUUUAUUUUUUUAUUGUUUCAUGUUUUUUGCUUUUGAAGAAAGGAAAGAAAUAGGUUUGGGCCCGGUUCCAAUAAAAUAUGGAAAAAGGAUAUUUAGAAUAAUGUUUAAUUUUCUAUAUACCUAACUCAAGACCAUCCGUCCUCUUUUGGUCGCCAUUAAGACAAGGUUAAAGUAUUUCUUUCCUGACUUCUUUUUUUUUAAUACACAACGGAACUUUAGAGUAGUCUAUUUGGUUCUAUAAAUGAAUAUAAAAAAAUAUACACAAUCAGCACUUUUUAGCAUAGAAGAAUAUCAAAUUAUUAACUUGUAUAUAUAAAUCGAAUAACUUUUUUAACACGAAGCAGUUAGAAAAAGGAAUACAAUCAAAGUAACAUAACAUGCAAACAAGUGCAAAAGGCAAACACAAACACACUGCAAUACUACUAUUAAAAAUGUUUUUUUUUACUUAUUUUUUUAUUCUACUUAUUUAUGCAUAUAUUGUAGAAUUAUACCAAAGCAAAUUGGAGCAAUCAUUUAAUGCAGAUUUUUUUUUGAUUACUUACUUAGUUGGCUGUCACAGAGCGUAGAUAGAUUCUCCACCUUCGGCGCCUUUUCUAGAAAAUUUUGUUACCUAAUUUCGAUAUGUUAUUCUCAUGCUCCGCCUUGUAUUUCCAUAGAAGUUUUGAUCUUCGCCUUCUGUAUUAGGUGCCAUUAGGUGAAUUUUUAAUAAAGUCUUCGGUUGGGCUGACAACAUAAUCUAGCUAACGUUAUCAUUAUAUUUUGACUAGCUGAACCGGGACCGCUUCGCUGCGCCUUCUUUAACUCUGUAGGGUGGGAGCUCUUUGCCCUGAAUGCGGAUAUCGAAUUCGUUCCAUUGUAUCCUAUGACGCUGAACGCGAUCGAAUUCUGGCGAGAACAUCGAACAAAGCGGUGUUUAUCCCCUCUUAAUGUUGGCGACAUUUGCGAGGUACUUUGCCAUGCAUGGUCAUUUAAAAAAUUUUCUCCAAAGAGGACACCUGCGGGACGCCGUUCGAACUCGGCUAUAAAAAGGUCCCUUAUCAUUGAGUUUAUACUUGAAUCGGAAAGCACUCAUUGAUGUGUGAGAAUUUGCCACUUCUCGAAUCCUGGUGGCAAUGUUCUUCCUUAGGGCAAUGUUCUCAUUAGGGGAGGGAUGGCAUUUCAGACAUUUCGACUCAAAUGUGGAAAUCAAAUUCGUGCUGCAUGCCAUGCCCGGUAAAUAUAAACCGUUUGGAGGGAGUUUUGGGGCUGGGGCGGCCAUCGGCACUUUGCACUGAAAAUAGAUAUCAAAUUCGUUGUUUAUUCCCAACAGAAAUAAAGUUCAGUUUAGGGGGUGCUUUUUACCCCAAAACACUUGGCUCCAAAAUUGGAUAUCAAAUUCGUUUUGUACUCCCAAAUAUCUUCCAUUUGAGUCCCAUAUUAUCAUAAUGGGUCAAAUAUCCCAUUUGAGGUUUCUUUAGGAAGAAAAGUGCCACCUAGACUUGAACGCAAAUUUUAAUGUCAUAUUCGUCAUCUACUCCCUAAUACCUUACAUUUGAGUCCCAUAUAGCCAUGGUCGGCUAAUAUGCCUAUUUGGGGGUGGGCGACCUCCCAUUACUUGGAUCUAAUGUUUUUUGCCAUUUUUGUAAUCUACUGCCUGAUACUUUUCAUUUGAGUCCUAUAUUGACAUGAACUUCAAAUAUAUCUGUUUAGAGAAGUUUUGGGGUUGGAGGGGGCCCGCUCGAUUGGGUUAGGUUAGGUAAGAGUGGCAGUCCUUUACAGACUCACUUAGACAAUUUUAAGUCCAUUGUGAUACCACAUUAGCGACAGACAAAGGCUUCUGGCGGGAAUCGAACCCACGACCCCUGCAUUGGUAAUCAAAGCACGCUACCAAUUCGGCUACCGGGGCGCCCUGGCCUGCUAGGUACUUGGACCCAAAAUUUAAUGCCAUAUUCGUUUUCUGGUCUCCAAUACCAUUUGAUACCCUUAUUGUGCCCAUCGGACCACUUUCGGAUAUAAGUGGCGUUUUUGGAGUAAGCGGAAGGGUCCGCCUCAACCCGAUAUCUUAAAAUUAUAUAGCCUAUGUUUCGUACACAAUCUAUGAAAAUUUUAAGAAAAUCGGUUCAGCCAAGUAUCAUAUAGUCAUAAUGGGUCUAAUGGCGCCUUUGAGGGGUGGAUAAGAAUAUGUUUAUGGGAAGCUCUUCAUACAGCUGGCGGUUAAUACCUCACCAAUAAUCUCCAUCAACUCGGAUAGCUCUUUAAAUAAAAAUAAAGAAUCUUUCUCUCGAACACGCCAUACUAUGGCGUGUGAAUCCAUUUGCUUUGGAAAUAAGAAAUUUAUAUUUGUCUAUUAUUUUUCUACAACAACUCUACGGAAACAUAUAUGCUAAUUCAGCUACUAAAAAUCACCAUGAGAGUCUAUGUUUUCCUAUCUUUAAAACUUAAGCGACAUAUAAAUGUAUAAAUUUAAAUUGAAUUCUAAAAAAAAACUUUACUUCAAUCUAUCGCUUCAAAAAUAAUUUAAAUGUGUUUAAAAAAAAAUUAUAUUAUUACUUAAAAAUCGAAAAAAAAAACAAUAUUAUAUUUUGUCAUUCCAUUAUAUUUAUUAUGAAUUGAAACGAAAUUCAGCUAGAUACCUAUCUACUUGUUAUACACAACAAAUUUUAUUUGUUUUUUAAGACAAAUAAAAAAUUAUAAACUUAUGUGUGCAAUCUAUUCUUCGAAGAAAAUUUGUUUUGUUUUUGUUUUUUCAAAAGUUUUAAAAUUAAAACAAAAUAAAAAAAAAAUCCAAUAAUAUUUCACUAGUAUUUAUUAAUGAUUGUAUUAUAAUUUAUUAAUUUAUAUGUAUUAUAAUUUUAUUACUUCUAUUGCUUCAUGAAUUUUUACAAAAAUAAAUUGAAUUGAAUACAAUGCAAGUGAGGCACAAAUGAACUAUAAGAAAUAAUAAAACAAAAAACAUAAACUUCUUAUCAAAUACAUAUCGCGUCUCUGUAUAUUCAUGGCGUAUAUAUUUGUUUCAAUAAAACAUGUACCAUUUUAUACAUAAGUUUAAAUAACUAUGUCCGUUUUUUUUAUAUAUAUUUUUUGUGUAAUUUAUUUUAUAUUAAUUUACAAAUGCAAUAAGGCAAUAUUUAAUAUUUGCACACAAUCAUAUACACACACAUACAUACAUAUGAAUAUCAUAUAAUCGAAAAAGAGCGGUCGCAGUAUCAUAUAAAACUUGUUUUCUCUUCCCCUUCUAUCAGUUUUAAACUUACUUUUCAGUUAAAUAUUAAAUUUGUUUUCUUUUUUGAAGAUGUUUAGGCUUAUUAAAUCAUUUUAUCCUGUUAUAUAAAUGAAAAAUUGCCGAUAUUGAGAAAUCGAAAUACCCAUAACAAUAGUCGAUUAUUUGUUUAAUAAACAUUUUCCUUUAGUCUUGGCUGCUCGUUUUUGAAAGGGGAAAAAAAUCUAAAAACACGGUUGCACCGUACUUGUUUGCUGCUAAGAACACACCCGGCAAUAUUUUAAUAACAAAAGAUACAAAAUUAAAUAAAAUUUAUAUGAGUGAAAUUA